AUGCUCUUCAAGUCCGUCUUCUGCGUGGCUGCGGCUGCCACAUCGGCCAUGGCCGCGCCAACUGUCUUGGACCGGGCGGUCUGCACGGCCAACAAGCCCAUUGACACAUUUGCCAGCUGGGCCAACAAUACAAACAGCCUCGGUUCUGUCAGCGGUGACGACAAAACGAUGGGCUCCAUCUCCGUCAGCGGCACCACCCUGUCUCUCACGACCAAGACCACCUCCUACUUUUACGAGAACCUGCCCUGCGAGGACCUCGCUGCAGCCAGCAGUGGCUUCACGGACAUCAGCUUCAAGCUGAGCGGCCCCGCGCAGUCGUCCUUCUUGCUCGAGAUCCAGACCAAGGCCAACUGCAACGCCACCGCUCACUCCAGCGUCUUCCACAAUGUGACGGUCCCUGCUGGCACGGCCCUUAGCCAGGUCACGGUCCCGCUGUCCGACUUCACAGGUGCCAACCUGGCCGUUGCGACGUCGCUGACGUUUUCGACCUUCAACAAGACCGGCGACUACAAGCUGAGCGACUUGCAGCUGGUGUGCAAAAAAUAG